ACAGGUGCUGUGCGAUUGCAUACAAGCCCUGGACUUCCUGGAUCAGUGCGUUGCAUUGACUCUGCCUGGUAACAGGCACCAAAGAAAGGAGUUGCUGAAGAACACACACACCCCAAGUUAUUUGGGGAAGACAGAGAAACGAGGGACCUAAACCUUCAAAGCCAGCCUCUGGACUCAGCAUGAGAUCUGCUAGUUUCCUCUCAUCCGAAACAAUAGUGAACAGGUGAAAUGAAACAGGAUGCAUACCCGGAACUCUUAAGAAGGAAGGAACUGUAACCAGAAGAACAGAUGCUUUUUCAAGCAAAAGUAUUUGCAGCUGUGCAAGGCUAUCCUUCUACAAACUAGUGAUUCCUGCUUGCUGAGAUUUUUUUCCUCUACUCCUAUAAAAAAUGAAGAAAUGUAACAUCUCCCCCAACCAUUAGACUGGGAUUAUAUAAUAAUGGGAGAGAGCAUCCAACUAGCUUUCUUAAAACUGUCUUAACAUCCAAAUGACAAGAGAAUUAACAGCUGGUUGAAGAAGACAUUUUUAUCUAUUUGUUACAUGAGAAUCCAGAUGUUACAACUGUGAAAUCUGAUUGGAUAAGAGGAGCCCAUCCCAUAUUGUUGAUAGGCUAAAAGAAGGAAAGAUUGUGGAAUGUGGAUUAACCUGUCAAGGCAAAUGUAUUGCAAAUUCGCAUAAUCUGGAAUUAGAAGACUGUUUUGCUGACUGACCGGAAAGUGGAACUUUCAUGUCUAUUAGCCCUUCACAGAUUUGUUCCAGGUGGCUUUCAUUGGCUGAAAACUCUGAGAAUCUCUGAGUUUUGCAUGACUCAAGAAAGCAAGUUUGUUUUAGCUAAGAACUUAACAUUGUUUAUUCACUUCAGAAAAGAAAACAGAAUAGAUUCAGAUAUAUUUCUCAAUUGUUUAUUCACUGAAUAAUAUAACAAAUAUCCCAGCAGUUAAUGAGUGUAGAUUAUUUUAUUUGUUGAUUGGCUGCAGGUAAUUUCUGGAUCUUACUUAGCCCAGAAGAAGAUGCCUUUUCAUAAUCAACAUUUGGGCCCAAAAGAGAAUAGUUUUUUAAAAAGUGCUUUUUGAUGUGUUUGUAUUCAUGAGCAGCUAUUUACUGCAAGUGUGGUAAAGUCCUCUGAAAUGAGAAAACAAAGACUUACCUAUUAGGAAAAAUGUUUGGGCUUUAUGGAGACAUAUGAAGAUUCUUUUACAUAUGCACAAACACAGACUGUUGUCAGAUACCAAGUGGGGGGAACAGAAUAGAAGAUUUGGUUAAAAAAAGAAGAGUAAUGUUCUCAUGAUGUUCCUUCAUGUAUGUCCAGGCAAAGCAAGAUAAUAUUCUGAUGGUCCCUGACCUGUUUUACAAUCCCACUGUGAAAGCCUAGUGAAUUUCUGCUCUCGGAUGCUUUCCCAUGGCCCUCUAGAUCCUUUUUCCUAUCCCCAAAUUCUACAUUUUCUUAUUCUCAUCUUGCUAGUUUCAGUCUAGGCCUCUGCCCUAGUUGUUGAGCUCUUUUUUUCUUUCUUUCCUUUUUUUGCUUCUGCUUAUCCAGAAUCCAAGCAUUCUUCUCUUCUUUCUACACCUGGCUCAACCAGCUCUUCCAAUGUUGUCAUUUUAGGUGAAACCUUCAGAGCAUAGCUGUGUAGAAAGAGAUCAGUAACUUGACUGGAGAUUUGCAUAGUCAGUUCCAGGCUUCAAAUGAAUUAUUCCAUUAUAUUUAUCAAUGGGAAGGAAGAGUAAUUGCAAACAGAAGGGAUAACAGACAGAACUCGGUGAGUUUCACAGGAAUUUUUAGCUAAAUUGUACACCUAAAUUAAAACCUAAGAAGAUAUUGCAGUUUUGUGUUCCCCUUCUCCUAAAUUGACUUGUCUUUAUCACAAUAUUUAUUUUACAUUUUAGGGCACUUGUCUCCACCAUAUUAGGCAGUGAUUGCCAGGAACACACCCUGAUACUUUUAUAGAUCAGUAUAUCCUUUAGGUUAGGAUUAGAAUAAGGGUUUUAGGUUGUUAAUUCUCUCUAUCCCAGUCAUGGAACUGAGAUUUGGGAUUAAAGGAGUAUACUCUGUUUGAUCCUGAUGGGGAAAAAUAGGGCCUAUCCUCUAGAUCAAGAUAGCAGUCUAAGGUGGCCAGUGGUCUGAACAGAGAGGCUAGUCAAACAUUAGGUUAUUCAGACCAAAAGAAAGAGUUGUGUAGGACUCUCCUAGCUGCUGUAAGUGUCUGGAAUGAGCAUUUACCCCAGUUAGGGUGGUACAUUUAUAAUUAAUCAUAGUCCUUUUCAGCUGCUUUGCUUCAUUUAUAAAAUUUUGUGGGGUGGGUCAGAGAGGUGCAAACAAUGUCCUCUGCCAUCUGUAACCUAUAUUUUCCCAUUUUAUUCCUUUCUCUUUCCACCAAAUGAAGCCUGUUAAUAUAGAAACAGCUGCAUAGUUUGCUAAUGCUGUUUGACUGGUUGCCUUGCUGCAAGUAGCUGACCAGCCUUGCCUGUAUUCUUCUUUUCUUGUGGUCAGUUGGCCAUCUAACAUCCUUUGAAUCAAGGUGGAAGAUUAAAGGAUAGAGCAAUAAUAUAUGAUAAAGCAAGGAUCAUUGUUACUAAGUUAAAGCAAUACUAACAGGCACUUGGGGAAGGUGUUUCCCUCUUGGGAAUUUAGGAAAAUAUUGGGAGCAAGGGGUUAUGGUAAAGGAAACGUUCACAUUCAUGUUCUAAGAUUGUAAGGCUGGACAAGGAAGAAUUCCUCCUCUACAGCAUUGCAAAUGCCGGCAGGCAGAAAGAAAGGACAGUGACUCACUCCAGUGAUAGGGGUAUCCUGCACACAAUUUAGAAUUGCACAUUCUGUUCUCAAAGGCCAUGGCUGGUUCGCAGAUCCGCUGCUUGGAGAGUGAAGAGCCCUACAUUAAAGUAACCGAAUCAAACCCUGAAUUUUAUUACUGUGAAGGUCAGCGGUUGGCCCUCGAAGCUCUACUUGGCAAAGGUGAGGAAGCCUUCAAUGAAUGCCUUUCCCAUGAAAAGCUCCGCCCCUUUCUGUCAGACAGCGAAUUGCAGGAAUUAAAGGUGGCAGCAACUGCAGAAGAAUUACAGGCUCCCCCUUCAGGCGGAACAGGAACUUACAGCUUUGGAACGAAGGGAUCUAGUCUCAGCUACUGGCCUCGACGUUCAGAGGAUCCACCUCCAAAUCUGGAGCUAGGGUGGCCAGACAGUGGGGUUUGGAAAGGGAUUACUCGAGCGGAAGUCUAUACCCACCCACCAGGAGAAGGAGCGCCACAUAUCAAGGAAAUGGUACGCAGAUGUAUCCAACAAGCCCACAAGGUGAUUGCUAUAGUCAUGGAUGUUUUCACAGACCCCGAUAUUCUGUUAGAUCUGUACGAUGCGGCAAUCAGGCGGCGGGUACCGGUCUACCUUGUGCUCAGCCAGCAGCAUCUUCUCUCCUUCCUCUCCAUGGCCGAGAAAACUUGCCUUAACGUCCGUCACACGGAGAACCUGCGAGUCAGAACUCUCUGUGGCUGCACAUUCCAAAGCAGAUGCCGGAAACAGAUCACAGGAACCCUGAAGGAGAAAUUUCUCCUGGUUGAUGGAGAAGUUGCAAUCACUGGCAGCUAUAGCUUCACAUGGACUGAUGCUCGCUUGAACCGCCACCUGGUCACUCGCCUUACAGGAGAAGUGACUGAGGCAUUUGACCAGGAAUUCCGCACUUUGUACGCUGCUUCCUGCCCCCUGCCCACCUUGGAGAUGCCCCCUCGCCCCCAGCUUGCUUCUAUGGCACAGCUACCAAGUGCCAAUGGGCCGGAUGUGGCCCCGUACAUCAGUGUCCUGGAUGGGGUGCAGCUGUCCAAUCGAAUUGCGGAACGGCGUUCGGUGGCCCCUCAACCUGUGGCCAAGAGCCGAGCGGGCGAGUGGGAGCUGGUGUUAGCUUCGCCGGUCACUGCUGAAGAUCCCAAGCCGCCUGCCUCCCCACCCAAAGUCUCUCUCCGAAACCGACUCGCAGCAUGGCGGGGCGUGGACCAUGCUGGAGGGGGCCAACAGGGAUUCCCCGACGGGCCCAGUGCUCUCAGUGAUAUCUUCAGGAACGUCCAACGAAGCCGACUCUCCGUUGCCAAGACGACCGGGGCCCGCCCUAGUAAGUCAUUAUGGGACCUCAGCUGUUUGAGCCAGCUGUCCGGGUCCAGUGCAACUGGCUGGGGACGAAAUGGGAUAGACUCUGCUGAGGAAGCUAAAAAGUGGGGCUAUCAAGAUACGCCAGCAAAGGAGCUGAUGAAACACCGAGGGUCUGGCCACAUCCCAGAGGAACCAAGAAUGCCUUUUUACGUGGCCCAUGGGCGCAUGGCUCCGUCCCCUAGUUAUAUACCCCUAGGAAGAUUACAAGGACAGCUGUACCAUAAACCUCCCAAUAUAGGUCUACCCAGGACUUGGGGACCUCUGGCAAGACCCCAGUAUGGACAUCAGCCACGAUUUUGAAGUACCUUUGAAGUUCUAAGGCAGUGGGGGGAAAAAAGAGAUACUGGAGGUUAACACAGAAGCAGCGGGAAGCUUUAGAGAUAGAUAUGAUUACUCUAACUGUGAGGAAGAAUGAAGGUUGAUUACAACCUGGAACUCUUAACACAUUCUGCUAUAAACUGGUAGACUUUUUUUUUUUUAAUCUAAUGACCUUUCCCAUGGUACCUUUGCAGAAUUAGGCCCUGAACUGUUACCUGUUUAUACAGUGACAAAUGUUUGUGAAUCCAAUAUAAGUUUAAUCAACACAGCUGAACAUUUUUUUUAACGCAGUGGGAUGAAUUAGAAACGAGCAAGCAUCUCAGAAGCAUAGAGAUGAGCUGUUCAACCGUUUCUGGGUGAAGCUGCCGAAACACCAAGAAUCAAUAUUAAACCUCUGGCCACCAUCCCCCAACAUGUGCUGAUAAAAAUGGAAGUCACUCAUACAUACCUCUGGAAUUAAAAAGGGGAAGAUGCGCACUCUUCAUUAGGUUAUAUUUUAAACUCCCCUCUCCUAUCAAAGUAUGGUAUUGAAUCAAAGGCAGACAGAAAGUAGAAUGAAAUUUAAGAGAUCUCGGUCAUUAUAUUGAACCUCAUUGGUUUCUAAGGGAAAGCAUUUAGAAAGGAGGAGUGACAGAGUAACUGUUGAUAAACCUCUGAACACAAAUGGAGAGAAAAGAGAAAAAAGUAUUGAUCCAGGGAAACCAAUAAAUAGUAGGAGAAAGACGUGUCUUCUAUAAAAAUUUCAAGGAAGAUGGAGGAGAAAGCAAGACCAUCCGGUCCUCUUGCAAUCCAUUCUAAAACCCAUCAUUGAACACUAUAUUACAAAGUAAAUAUAGUGAGCAAAGCAGGAGUGUUCCCAGAGUACGGCAGCCACAACAGGGCAACUGAACCUCCACCAUUUUUAUAAGCAUCACACAUAGGCAGAGCUUUGAUCGCACCAUUGGGACCACCAUCUUGACUUUUUGACCAUACCCUGCAGACCCCCUGGAGCAAAGCUUUCAGGUUCUCUGGAACUGUUUGGCCCUCCAAAUCCUAAUCCUACAACAUCUCACUUAGAUUAGUUCCAUCAGACUAUAAUUUUCCAGCUUCUUCUCGGAGUGUUUGCCAGGGAGACUUAAUUGUACCAUAGCCCUACCUCUUCCUGGAGUGGCAUUAUCUUCCAUUUGUAAACCCCAGCUGAUUUGGUCAUCUUAAACUCUUUCUCCCCCCUC